UCUGUAUCUUCUAAAGCAGAAUCAAUGGCUGGAAUGCUCCCUGGUGUGGAAUGUGCUCGAAGAAGGCGAAUCCAUCAAGGAGGAGGAUGGAUUGAGUCAAAGUGCAUAGCGGGUAAUGGUCGAACAAGGCGCUCAGCUUUCUGUCUUUAUACAAUUAGCAGCCAUGAAACCCAUCUCAAUGCAUACUCCUCACUGCAAAGAAACACAUCAAAACAGAGUUUCCAGGAUGAGAAACUGGGAGGAGUGGCUAGAGAAGCUAAGGAGAGACUGGAUGAGAGGUUAAAGUCACCAAAAAAACCAGAAACUAAAAGGCAGAGCAGCAAAGAGAGUGGGAAGGGAUCAGGUUCUGUUGUCCAGCUUGGAGAUUUGCCAAAAGAGGUGUUCGGAUUGAAGAAGAGUAGUAGCUCCGACGCCAAGAGAUUCAGGUGGGCGAAGUUGGGGUGGAGGGCAUUGGGUCAAGACGAGUGUGCAGUUUGCUUAGAACGGUUCAAGGCAGGGGAGACCCUUCUGCACCUGCCUUGUGCUCAUAGGUUCCAUUCCAGGUGCUUAGUGCCGUGGCUAGAAAGCAGCUCUCACUGCCCUUGUUGUAGAUUGAGAAUUUUAAUUUAGUGUCUGUAACCUUGUAGCUUAUCUAUGAAUUUAUGGUUGUUCAAGCUUGUAGGUUGGUGGUGGAUAACCUAUGGUUUACUCA